AGCACUGCGCACGGCGUUCGCCCCUGAGUCCCGGCGGGAGCGGGCAGAAUCGGUGGAUGUAGGGCCGCGGCGCCUGACAUGGCUUCGGCGGGAGGCGGCGGCUGCGAGAGCGCCGCGCCCGAGGCCGAUCGUCCCCAGCCGCGGCCGUUCCUCAUCGGCGUGAGCGGCGGCACCGCUAGCGGCAAGUCAACUGUGUGCGAGAAGAUCAUGGAGCUGCUGGGACAGAACGAAGUGGACCGCCGGCAGCGCAAGUUGGUCAUCCUGAGCCAGGACUGCUUCUAUAAGGUUCUGACGGCCGAGCAGAAGGCCAAGGCCCUGAAAGGACAGUACAAUUUCGACCACCCAGAUGCUUUUGAUAAUGAUCUGAUGCACAAGACCCUGAAAAACAUUGUUGAAGGCAAAACUGUCGAGGUCCCCACCUAUGAUUUUGUGACCCACUCAAGGUUACCAGAGACCACAGUGGUCUACCCAGCUGAUGUGGUUCUGUUCGAGGGCAUCUUGGUUUUCUACACUCAGGAGAUCCGGGACAUGUUCCACCUGCGCCUCUUUGUGGACACAGACUCUGAUGUCCGGCUGUCUCGAAGAGUUCUCCGGGACGUGCACCGAGGGAGGGACCUGGAGCAGAUUCUGACCCAGUACACCACCUUCGUGAAGCCAGCCUUUGAGGAGUUCUGCCUGCCGACCAAGAAGUAUGCUGACGUGAUCAUCCCUCGAGGGGUAGACAAUAUGGUUGCCAUCAACCUGAUUGUCCAGCACAUCCAGGACAUUCUCAAUGGUGACCUGUGCAAGCGGCACCGAGGAGGGCCCAAUGGGCGCAACUACAAGAGGACCUUCCCUGAACCGGGAGAGCACCCUGGAGUGUUGGCCACUGGCAAGCGCUCACACCUGGAGUCUAGCAGCAGGCCCCACUGAGACCAGCAUAUGUAGGUUCCCCACAGACCCAUGAUUAAGGGUCUGGGCCUGGGGACAACCACUUGCUCUUAAAAGCACAGUCAGGGAUUCCUCUCAGCGUGACCUAGGACCAAGGCCUGCCUUACUUGGGAGGGCAGAUUCAUGCUGACAGAGCAUUCCAGUGUCCUCCGCUUCCUCUCAUUGGAGGAGCCAGUAGGUCUUUGGGUCACUGAGAAGUGUCCCAGACUACACAGAAAGCCCAUGGUGCCAGCUUCCAGAGGGAUGCAGGACAUACAUUAUGGGGCUGCUGGGGAAACAGCCCUGGCACUGGCUGGCCUGGUGUUGGCAGUAAACCACAGUGACGUGCUUCCCAGUAUUAUGUGGUUCGUGUCCGUGUUGCAGAAGGAAAGUUUGAAGAUAUGUCAUAUAUCCUUAUUGUUUUGUGGCAGGCUGUUUGUGACCUGUGAACCUAGUUUAACAACCUACCACUGGACUAUAGUCCAGUCUAAGGAGCUUGAGGCAGCAAAGAACCCUAAGUCUCUCCACCUGAAGCCAAGUGGCAUCACACUAAUAUAAAGGACUCCUAGGUAUCCUGGGGGCCUGGAUUGUGAGACAGCAGCCCUCAGGUCUCCUGUGGCUGUAGUGUCUUCACAGUUCUGCAGGAAGCCUUGAGUGCCAGUGUCUGUACAACUACUUGGUACAGUUCAUGAUUAGCAUGCCAGGGUAGGCUAUCUAUCUCCAGCCAGGGGAGCACGGAAGUGCAGAGCAGUCAUGUGAACAUGGCUGCCCGAAGCUGGCGUUGUGCACGCUGAACCUGAGCUCACGGCUUCACAAUGGUCCAUCUAUGAUGUCAUGGGAUGGCCCUUUCUGGAAGUGUCCUUGGCUGUUGUCACAGGUGGUGGCGCACACUCAUCUGUCCUUGCUAAAUACCACUGUGGUUCCCACUUGUGACAGCAGCUGAGCUGCACUGAGCUCGGGGCUGGUUUCUGUUAGUGCUGUACUAGUUUUGUUGAACUGAAACCCCUCUUUGGAGGAAGAAUCAAUAAAUAACACUAA